AAAGGGUAAAAAAAAAGGAAGAAUAUCAACGAGACAACGAUGGGGUACGUUUUGAGGGUGAGAUUGGCUUCGUUCUUCACGGGGGCGGCAACGGCUUCGCUUAUGGGUCUGUACAUCCUUUACAAGGAUUACAAGGUCGCUCACGAAUCCAUUGCCCAACAGGUGGAAAGUCUUCGUGCUCCCCUGGAUAGGCGAAUCUCUGCUCUGGAAAGUUUGAAACAAGUUGAAACUCCGCAACAUGUGGAAGCAACCGAAUAGGUCCCCUUUUACUUUUUUGUUUCUCCUUUGUGAUAAAAAAGAAAAUAAUUGUGGUUGAACUAUUAAAGUGUAUUUCUGAAUAGAAUGACGGUACACUGAGCCAGUUGACAUGAUUUUCUCCAUUUAAUCUGUUUCUCAAUAAUGGUUGAAACGAUCAUUGUAUUUGAAAUUGAAGUGUAGGAGAAUUCAGACUCUUUUGUA